AUUAUUAUAAAUUGUUAAAUUUUUGACUAAUAUUUAUUAUAAAAAAAAAUAAAUUAUUUCUCAAAGCAAAAAUAAAAUGAGUUUUACACGUCAACUUUCUGAAAUGAGCGCCAGUGAAUUGAACGAUGCAAUCGAUGAUACAAAUUUUCCACAGGCUCACAUCCUGUCCCGUGGACGCAACAAUAGUGUUUGUUCUACGAGUUCAUCUUCACUUAUACUGGAUCGUACUUUAUCACAAACUGAUGAAAGUAAUGUUAAUGCUGUAAUCACUCAAAAUGCGAUCGAUACUUUAAUAUCAACACCAGUGUCAAGACCGAAGCUUAUUUUAAAAACAAACGGCACAAUACCAGAAAAUGAAGCAAAUGAUGCAACGCCAAAAACUCCAAAAACUCCCAGAACAUCAACGACACCAGGUCAUGAAAAUUGUACAUUCCAUCAUGAUUUAGAAUUGGAUCAUAAACCGCCAACACGUGAGGCUUUAUUACCUGAUAUGGCCAGAUCAUAUCGUUUAUUACUCGGUGGCCUGGGCGAGAACCCCGAUCGUCAAGGUCUGUUAAAAACACCAGAACGCGCAGCAAAGGCAAUGCUGUUCUUUACAAAAGGCUAUGAUCAAAGUCUAGAAGUGGCAAAGAAGUGA